AUGGAUGGUCUGUACAAGCUUCUGCUUUUUCCUGUUCUGGCAUGCCUCGGACGAAACGUACUUGGGAGUGAAAUCAUAAAUGGGGAAAUAGCCUCAGAGGACUCGAUGCUGUAUAUGGCAUCGGUGCAGGAGAAUAGAAAACACGUAUGUGGAGGAUUCCUUGUCAGUGAAGACUUUGUCGUCACUGCUGCGCAGUGUGAUGUGGAUUUAGAAACCACAUUGGUAAUUCUUGGCACCCAGGAUCUGAAAAAGGUUAACGUAAUAAAUAGAGCGAUUGUAAAGAAGUGCAAACCUGCUCGUAAGAACAACAAUGAAUCGAAUGACAUCAUGCUCCUCAAACUACUUAAGAAUAAUAGAAAAGAAAAGAAAGUACCAACAAUUCCACUUCCAACACCUGAUAUGAACGUACAAGAAAAUGAACAGUGCCUUGUAGCUGGAUGGGGUUUCACUGGUCCUGGUACUACACUUGAUAACGAGCUAAGAGUGGUGAAUGUGACUGUCAUUAAUCAGCAAGAGUGUAAACAGAAACUGCCUGCUCUCCGUGCCAAUGUCAUCUGUGCAGGUGGAUAUGAUAAAGGAUCCUGUAAGGGUUAUGCUGGUGGUCCUCUGGUUUGCGACGGGAAGGCUGUUGGGGUUGCGUCUUGCUACGAGAAGGAAUGUAAAUGCAGAACUGGAGCCCUCGUCUACACACACAUCUCAAAGUUCCUUCCCUGGAUCAACAAGGUUCUCGAGAAAAACGAUUGUUAA